GACGUCACAUGGGCGACGCGGUUCCGGUUGCUCCCUGAGUCGCGGGUGCCGCCGCUGAGGGGGCUUUGGAAGUGUCGUGGUGGUGCUGGCCGUUGGGGGUGGGAGCUGCCGCGCGCCGAAACAGUCUUGGGGGGGAAAAAAGACUUACUCUACAAAUUCAAGCUUCUUUAGACAAGAUCCACUAAAGCCAUUGGAAAGCAAAUGUCAUCAGAAAUGCCAGCAGAAAAUCUGUUAUCCACAGAUGUUCCCGAUGUGGAAGAAAAGAUUAAUUCAAAUGAAAAUCAAGUCAAGAAAGAGGAGCCAGGAUCAGACAAGACGGAGAGCAUUGGAGUUAUGUCAAAGAGGCAAAUGAAGAAGCUAAUGAAGCAGAAGCAAUGGGAAGAGCAAAGAGAUUUACGCAGGCAGAGACGAAAAGAGAAACGCCAGAAAAGAAAACUGGAGCGUCAGUAUCAGUUGGAAUCUAACAAUGAAGGGAGUGACAGGAAGCGUAUACGUAGGGAUGUUCUUCCUAGUACUCUUCGCCUUAUUAUAGACUGCAGUUUUGACAACUUGAUGGUAUUAAAGGAUGUCAAGAAGCUUCACAAGCAAAUUCAGAGAUGUUAUGCAGAAAACCGUAAAGCAUUACAUCCUGUACAGUUUUACUUGACCAGCCAUGGAGGCCAGUUGAAGAACAACAUGAAUGAAAAUGACAAAGGAUGGGUCAACUGGAAGGAUAUCCAUAUUUCAUCAGAGCAUUAUAAUGAGCUAAUGAAGAAGGAAGACCUCGUGUAUCUGACAUCAGACUCCCCUGAUGUGCUGAAUGAACUAGAUGAGACUAAAGCCUAUGUAAUUGGAGGUCUGGUGGAUCACAAUCACCACAAGGGGAUUACUUACAAAAAGGCACUAGAACAGGGAAUUGGUCAUGCACAGCUUCCACUUGGAAAUUUUGUGAAAAUGAACAGCCGGAAAGUAUUGGCAGUUAAUCAUGUGUUUGAGAUAAUCCUCUCUUAUCUGGAGAAGAGAAACUGGAAGGAAGCAUUUUUCAGUGUCUUGCCACCACGGAAAGGGGCCAGUCCUCUGGACAAAGCCAAUGAUUCCUCCAAACGUGAGCUGCAUGAAGAGGAGGCUGGUGAAGAUAAUAGCUCGGACAGCGACUAAGCAAUGUGGAAGAGGGCAGGAAUGAAAAGUGCAUGUGGCACAAAGGAUAGAAAUAAGACAUGAAUUAGAUGAAACCUCAGAGAACAAUCUAUCUCAUGAGUGUUAUUUGUUUAAGUGGUUACACUUGGAAAGAAGUGGUAAAAUGUUACUUUUACCUUGAAAAUACUUCAUUUUUGGAGCUUUUUAUAAAGUACAUUAAUGGCAAAUGCAGAACUUAUUUUGUUAUGGAAGCUAAUAUUUAUUUUCUUUUAAAAUAUUUUAUUUGAUACAGACAGAGCGGUUUUAUUUUAUUUUCCUGAAGCAUGUGAUGAAACCUAAUAAUUAAUGUGUUCAUAAUUGUCCAUGCUUUGUGCAUGUAUCCUUGAUAUUUUAUUAUUGUUCCCUACUCACCCCUAUCUUAUAUUUUGUCUUAAAAGCAAUGAGUGUCAAAGGUUAAUGAAUCUGAAAGCUCCUUCCGGCAUUGCCUGUUGCAAAGUAUGUACAACUUCUCACCAUCAGUGGGGUUUUUUCUGUGCAAAGAUGGUCUUGUCUCUGAAAAAAACAUUGGGAGCCAGGAACUCUGCUUUGGACACUUUAAAACAUAAUUUUUUAAAAAACGUCAUCUGUCACAGCAGAUCUGCCUAUAGAAUGAGUAUCCUACUUCUCUGGCAGGGUUGUGAAUAUUUAAAAAAAAAGUUAAUCUUCUUGCCUCCUGAACUUUAAGCUUUCUGUUCUAACUAAAUUUUUAAAAUAGCCAUUUCAGAACUGAAGCAGGCCAGAAAACAGCCUUGGGGGCAGGAGGUGCCCUUUCACACCUGUGAGGCCAUUCUCUCAUUCCUUUCUGCGGGGGCUAUCCAGAAGGUAGACAGUUGUAGUGUAGCUUUUGGAAUGUGGACAAGUACCUACCGAGAGCAAGUCUGCAAUCAUCAAUAGACUCCCGAAGAGCAUUUGGAUGAUAGCGGCUUCUGAGCACUUGUGACAUGGGCUGGUUUUGAACAGAGGACAUAGAUGUCCACUGUCACCACUUUCAGACUGGGAAUUGAACUGGAAUAUGUGUAGAUGUGCAUGUGGCCUAUAGUUUUACAGGGUUGGCAACAAGCAAAUUAUGAUUGGACAUGUUCAGUGUGAUCAUUUUUGUGCUUUCUUUUUUUAAUAUAAAUAAAUUUUGAGAACUCAUUAGGCAGCCAUCUGAUAAACUACAGUGAAGAUUCAUCUGCCUUAGGUUGUUGGCAACAGUUUGUUGCUCAAAUGAAAUGCUGUGGUGGGUUUAUUGUGUAGAUAUGCCACAGAGAAAUAUGUUACAUUUUCUCUCUGAACCUGGAGAAACUUUUGGACAAAAGCAUUGUCUUGUUUUGUUUGAAGAGCCAAAGAAAUGUGCAGCAUAAACAAAGUAAAGCACUCGCCAGUACCAGUUUCCUUUGUUAACAAACAAAUGUGUAAAAUAGCAAAGGUACAAAGUGUACAUUUUACAGCUGAGGUAUUGCAUAUUGCUGUACAUAGUAUUCAUUAAAUCUGAUCUAAGCAUUUGA